AUGCCAAUACACCUCCUCCUACUCACAACCCUACUCCACCUCACCCAAGCCCUAACAUGGCACUCCCUGCUCUACGACACCGGGCUACUCGGCGCCCACCCAGUGAGAAAAUACGAAUCCGUCGACCUCGCCCCCCCAGAGCUCAACAUCCUCGCAUGGGACCCGCGCUGCGAAGACAAGUACGUCUUCUUCAGUCCGCGGGGCCAUUUCUACCCGCAGCCGGGGCCACUCAUCUUCGACAAUAAGGGGGAGCUGGUCUGGAUGGAGAGCCGGUUCGGCAUGGUCAUGGACUUUCGGGUGCAGAGGUAUCGGGGCGAAGACUAUUUGACUUUUUGGGCUGGGGAGGACGAUGGGACGAGGGGGUUAGGGAUGUAUUAUAUGCUCGACUCAACCUACACAACAACCCACACCAUAACGGCAGCCAACAACCAAGCGGGCGACAUCCACGAAUUCCAACUCACAGCCGCCGGCACAGCCCUAAUCACCAUCUACGAGAUCCGGCCCUUCGACCUCACGCCUCUCAACGGCCCCGCCAACGGGUGGAUCUACGACUGUCUCUUCCAAGAGGUCGACAUCGAGACGGGUGCGCUGCUCUUCUCCUGGCGCGCCAGCGACCACUACAACAUCACGGAGAGCUAUUUCCCGCUGAACGGGAAAGGGACGGGGAACUCGAGCGACGCGGCGUACGACUACUUCCACAUCAACAGCGUGGAUAAGCUAGCGGACGGCCGGUAUCUGGUUUCGUCGAGGUACAUGCACACGGUGACCUGUAUUGGGCGCGACGGGGCGGUGUUGUGGGUUCUGGGUGGGCGGCGGAAUAUGUUUGAGGAUUUGUCCGGGGGCCUGGCGACGGGGUUCAAGUGGCAGCAUAAUGCGAAGUGGGUUCCCGGGUCUGAUCUGUCUGGGGCCACGGUGGAUGUGAUGACGGUGUUUGAUAAUGGCGCCAAUGACCAUGUCAUGGAUGAGGGUUCUAGUCGUGGGCUGGUGCUGGAGGUGGAUGUGGGCAAUUGGACGGCGGCGGUGAGGAGCGUCUACCCGGCGCCUGGCGGCUUCAGCGCCCAUUCGCAGGGCAAUGUGCAGGUGCUCGAGGAGUCCGGGAAUGUGUUUGUCGGCUGGGGGAAGGCUGCGGCGUUCACGGAGUUCAGUGCCCGUGGGGACGUGCUGUGUCAUACGCAUUGGGGCCCGCAGAUGUUCUUUCCGCUGGGCUGGGUCAAGUCGUAUCGCACGUAUAAGGCUGCCUGGGUUGGGAGGCCCGUUGCGCCGCCGGAUGUGGCCGUGGAUCAGGGCUCGGGGACGGUGUUUGUGAGUUGGAAUGGGGCGACGGAUGUGGCCGGGUGGGUGUUGCAGAGGGUGUGGAAUAACGCUACGGAGGAGCAGGUUGAGACGGUGGAUUAUGUGCCCCGGACGGGGUUUGAGACGGCCAUUGAGAUGGCUGAGACUGCUGGGUUCUGGAGGCUGGUUGCGGUGGAUUUCACGGGCGAGGAAUUGGGCUAUACGGAGGUGUUUGGUCUGGAUGAUUCGGAGUCCGGGUCUCUCUUUGCAGCGAUGGCGGCAGAUGAGGGUCUGCUGCAUAUGCUUAUCCCUGCCUGUGCUGUCGGGGCUAUGCUGGCGGCUCUAUGGCAGACCAGGAAGAGGAUCUCAAUAGGGCUGCGUUAUCUUGCUUCUCGACGGGCUCGACGGGUUUAUUGA